AAUGGAGGGACACAUGCGAAACUGGAGCAAGUGAUUUCGAACAUUAACAUGAAUUAAAAAAACACCGUAUAUUGUUUUUAAGACUGGAACUGUGGAUAUAAUAUUGUUAUGAUCUUCAGUGGAGGUUUAAAAAAACAAGAAACACAGGAAGAAGUUCACGAACGCAUGAAGAGCUUAUGAACUUCUAAUCUAUCUCACUGCUGUGAAUGAAGUGCUCUGCAAACUCCAUCGCCAUGGAAAACUGUACGUAAUUCCCGUUCAGAUUUAUCCUAAAAAAAGGUAACAUGAUACGCAUGGAUUCUGCUUUAGAUAAACAUUGUUAAUGUGGACCAAACCGGAGGAGCAUCUAGAUUUAGGAGCGCAGGGUCAAUAGAGGACAGCACGUGGGGGAAUGCCAGAAGAAGACGGCUUUCCCGAUGGAGAAGAGGAAAACUCUUCUCCAGGCUCCAGCAAGCAGACAGGGCAAGCGGACCAAACUAACAUCGGGCAGGACCCGAGUACCAGUGGACCCGGCUCAGGAGAGGAGGAUGGCGAGGAGCGGCGCGGGGAGAGCGGAGGCAGACGUUCAGGAGGGGAGCAGGUGCAGGACGAUGUGGAUAUGAACAGCGGUCAUGACUCCAGCAGUUGUAAUGACAGCAUGAAUGGAUCGCGGCAUCAUCGCUCAUCCUCGGCCAAUUGCAGCCCCGGAAGCACCACGGGAUCAGGGAGCACUAAGAGCUCAAAAUCUGCUACUGGUUCCUCUUCAUCCAGUUACCACAGCUCUCAUCAUACAGAGUGCAGUGAGCAGACAGAACACGGCCGUGAGCAGACGCACAGAGAGAUGAUGCAGACGGUCCAGGAGAUGAAGAAGCGUCUGCCGUCUGAGAAAAGGAUGCGCAGUAAACCCAGUACUGUCGAAGCUCUGCACUAUGCACUAAACUGCGUCAAACAAGUCCAAGCAAACAGCGAGUACUACAACUUACUGAUGAGCCGUGGUGUGGAGGAGAGGCGAGACGCGGCUGUGUGCACACUAGAGGAGAUGGAGAGGAUCACAUCAGAACACACCCUGAAAAACGCGGACACAUUUGUGGUGGUUUUCUCUUUGACUACCGGUAAGGUUGUUUACGCGUCAGAACAGGCGUCCAGCGUGCUGCACUGCAAGCGCAAGUUUCUGGAAUCUGCAAGGUUUGUGGAGCUGCUGUAUCACCAGGACGUCAACGUGUUUUACUCGCACACCGCGCAGCCACGUCUGCCGCCCUGGCACGUGGGCACGGACAGCGUGGCAGUUUUGUUUGAAUGCGCCCAGGUCAAAUCUUUCUUCUGUCGAAUCAGAGGAGGGAAGGACAGAGAUGGAGAGAUGCGCUACAGUCCGUUUCGCAUCACGCCAUACCUGCUGAAAGUCCAAGGGUCGAGUGGAGAACCAGAACCGUGCUGUCUGGCCCUGGCUGAACGCAUCAUCUCAGGAUAUGAGGCCCCACGCAUUCCUAUGGACAAGCGGAUAUUUAGCACAACACACUCCCCUGGUUGUAUAUUUUUAGAAGUGGAUGACCGUGCGGUGCCGUUGCUCGGUUAUCUUCCUCAGGAUCUGAUUGGUACCUCAAUGCUGACCUGUUUGCAUCCGGAUGAUCGUCUGCUGAUGCUGGCCAUGCACCGCAAAAUCCUGAAGUACGCGGGUCAGCCUCCGUUUGAGCAUUCGCCCAUACGUUUCCGCUGUCAGAAUGGAGACUACGUUACUUUGGACUCCAGCUGGUCUAGUUUUAUUAACCCUUGGAGCCGCAAGGUGGCCUUCAUCAUCGGCAGACACAAAGUUCACACUGGACCGUUGAAUGAGGAUGUUUUUGCUGCGAGGGAUAAAGCUGAACAGGCGGUCAUGUGUGAGGAGGUCAAAGAGCUUCAGGCUAUGAUCUACAAGCUCUUCCUGCAGCCUGUUCAUAACAAUGGUUCGAGUGGCUAUGGAAGUUUGGGCAGUAAUGGCUCUCAUGAGCAUUACAUCAGUGUGGCGUCAUCCAGUGACAGUAAUGGGAACCUCUGGGAGGAUUCACACCGAGAACCAAUGACAUUGCAACAGAUAUGUGCUGAUGUCAAUAAAGUGAAGAACUGGGGUCAGCAAGCGUUUCUCGACUCCAGACGGAAACUAACACCACUUCAACCAGCCACCGCAGCAGUGUCAAGAGGUAGCGGUCUGCCCAACAGCAGUCCGAGUUUGGGAAUCAGAGAUCAUCUAAAGCAGUCUUUACAGGAGGCCAGAAAACAACCGCACAUUCCUUCCUACCAGCAGAUCAACUGUGUGGACAGUAUCAUCAGAUAUUUGGAGAGCUGUACCACAUCUGCUCUAAAACGAAAGAGUGAAUCUCGGUCAAUAGCUACCUCCUCAUCUUCCUCCAUGUCUGAGGAAGAUAAACCACCAGCAACCGCACAUGAAGAUCCUGCCAAUACUGAUGAGACUGCACUCGAGGGCGGCGGAGUGCUGGACAGUCAGGUGUCAGCGAGUUCGGCCACAGCAGGUGCGGUGGUUGGCGCUCCGCUUACGGACAUCACGCUGUCCACAGAAGCCAUGAGCGUGGUGUCCGUCACCAGUCAAUGCAGUUAUAGUAGCACCAUAGUGCAUGUGCCACAACCCGAGUCAGAAGUCACUGCCUUAGAAGACGCUCCAAUGGGGAGCGAGCCAACAGACUCCGCCCCCACCCCUGCACGCCCCACCCCCAGUACCUCCUCAGCAGCUCAGGAGGAGUUAUUGGUUGUGGGACUCACGAAGGAGGUGCUGUCGGCCCACACCCAAAAAGAGGAGCAGCAGUUUGUGGAUCGUUUCCGACAUCGAAUCCUGCAGAGUCCCUACAGCUCAUACCUCGAACAGGACAACAGCAGCAUGGCCCACUCCCAUCACAGAGGUGUCCGACCUCCAAACAAACACAAGCGACCCAAACCAGAGGACUCAUCCGACAGCUAUGGUUCACAGCCGGGCAACUUCUGGUCACUUCCCAGGCCCACAGGAGCUCCGCAUUCCUCGUGGCCUUCCUCUGAGUCAUCUCAGAUUCAGCCGUCCAACAUCGGCUUUGUGCCCCCCAUGCAAACGGCUCCAUACUUUACGGUCGCGCAGCAGUCAGGGAUGCCCAUGAUGGUUCAACCUGACCAGGGUGUCCAGAACCUCCAACCCAUGAACCCUGUUAUGUUUGUCCUCCUCCCUGGCUACCCCACCUACCCUCCCAACUUUAGCAUGUAUCCCCAGGGUAUGCCUGUCGCGGGACCCGGAUUCGUUCCCCAGCCCCCCUAUAAUAUGGGCGGCUACGUCCCGCCCGGUGCCCCCAUGCCACAGGGGUCUCCAUUGCAGGGGCAUCUCGCAGGGUUCUCCUCCACAGGAGUUGGAAGGCCUCAGGGUACCAACCCAGAGGUCGAUUCGUUACCUACACCUUGGUUUGGUGAAGACUUGGAUGCACAGCCCACGGCUCUCUUUUCCAGCUCACGCUCCAGCUCGCCGAUCCAGCUCAACCUGCUUCAGGAAGAGUUGACCAAACCCUCAGAACCACAAAACACCACCGGUCCAGAGAGUCUGCAUGAGCACCAUGCCAAAGCGGACGAUGCUCCCAGUGAUUCGGGUAACCAGGAUGCUAAUUCUACCUCCAGUGAAAUGCUUGACCAGCUCCUACAGGAGGACGCCCGCUCAGGAACCGGAUCCAACGCCUCGGGCAGCGGCUCUGGAGAGUCCGGAGGGUCUUUGGGGUCCGGAUCCGGACUCUGUUCUAAUGGAACCUCCACCAGCCAUACCGGCAGCAGUAACAGCAGCAAGUACUUCGCCAGCAACGAUUCAUCAGACACGUCGCGAAAAGCACGGAAGUCCGCGGAGGUCCAGGAAAGAGAACGUACGACCUUCAAGAAACAUCCGCUUCUUCAGGAAGACAACCCACUGUGGAACAUGAUCAACCAAACGCCAGAAUCCGUCAUGAUGACCUAUCAGAUCAACCCCAGGGAUCAGGUGCAGGUCCUGCAAGAGGAUCGGGAAAAACUGCUUCUGAUGCAGCCCAUGCAACCCUGGUUCACCCAGGAACAGAAGAAAGAGCUGGUUGAGGUUCAUCCGUGGAUUCGGCACCGCACGCUCCCGCAGGAGAUAGACACACAGGGAUGUGUGAGUUGUACCAAUUCUCCCAUGGAACCAGGAGAGGAACUCGCUCUUCAAAGCGACUCUCCAGACCUUCCCACGCCUGACAGCCCCUCUCUGGGAGAAUGCUUGUCACAGGACACCAGCACAGAUACCUGAUCGCAGUACCAAAACAGUUGAUCAUCUUUGGACCUGAUGGACAAACGGUCACCCACGUCAUAAUUCUGCCCAAAGACAUAAACCAGGCGAUGGUACAAAUUAUAUACCAUCACAGGAGACGUCCUGUUUUCAUUCACGUGACCUGCAGUCAUCAUUUCUCCACUGUUUGCAGACUAUAGACCCCAACAACUGUGAAGAUCUGACUGUGAUUUGGCACUGAUGUCGUAUUCAUCCCUGUGUUUUAGAAAUUUGCCUUUUUUAUUGUUUUUCUAGAAAAAAAUGCCUAAGUGUAUUAUAUGAAUGUGUUCUCCAGCGUUUCUACGACCGACUGAAGCCUAAAUCUCAUCGGCUGUGGGGAAGUGAGCCCUUGUCUACCGCCUGGCAAGAUUUAAGCACCAAACCUAAAAGCAUCUGUAGAUGCACAAGAUAAACUCAAAAACUCAUUUGUACCCAGUUUCACUGAUAUUUAUUUUACAACUUCAUCUCAGUCCUGUGUUGGUCUUCUUUCAAUUUAAGGGGGUCGCACACUGGACAACUAGGACAACUCGGAGGCAUCGUACACCGGAAGUGCACAUUAAAUAACGCGAGCUUAGUUAGAUAGCGUCUACUUCAAAAUGCAAAAUAUUUGUUAGCAGCCAAUGUUAAUCUUUAAUGAUUUGGGACAAAUAUGAUGUUAUUUAAUGUUAAACGAUGUGAGUGCACUGCAAAAAAAAUAUUUUCAAGAAACAAAUCUUAGUAUUUUUGUCUUGUUUUUAGUACAAAUAUCAAUUUUUUUUUUAAAUUUAAGAUGCUUUUUUUAAUAAGCAAAACAACCCAAGAAAAUAAGUCUAGUUUUUAGACCAACACAUAUUAAAUUUAAGUGAUUUUGUGCAUAAAACAAGCAAAAAAAUGUGCUAAUGGGGUAAGAAUUUUUCUUGAAUUUAGUGUUUAAGAAAAAUGUUCAAGAUUUUUUUGCUUGUUUUAUGCACAAACUAGACUUUUUGUCUUGGGUCGUUUUGCUCAUCAAGAAAAAGCAUCUUAAUUUAAGAAUUUUUUGAUAUUUUUACUGAAAGCAAGACAAAAAUACUAAGACAUUUUUUUUCUUGAAAAUCAUUUUUUGUAGUGUGGCACUCUGUGGCGUGACAGGGAUUUGAGCAACUUCCUGAGUCGUAGCUGGACAGGUGCCACCUGUCGGCCCGGUGCGCGUAUACUCAUAGAAAACAAUGUGUUCGAUUUUUUUUGUUUGCAUGUACCUAUUUUUUGUUUUCACCCCCAUUUAAACAAAACAAAAGUUCAAAGUUCAUAUAAAAUUGUCUUGAAGAUGUGAUGACAAUCUUUCACUUGAGAAAAUGUUUCCCAUCUAAAGUGAAUAUUUGAAUGUCAGUAUUAGUUUAAGUUCAAAUCAUAUUUUUCUACUACAUAUGUGACCUGAGAUAUGUAUUGAUCUGGUGUAAAACUCAAAAUAGUUUUGGUGGAUGCAAGCAUAACAUGAAUUUUACUAAACCUGUUGAGAACGUGUCCAGUUCAUAUUUCACCUUAAAAUCAAAAGAGAAAAAUAACAAAAUAUAUGAAGAGCUCAGAUGCAAAAGCCGCUAAACGCCACCUCUGUCAAAAUGUUCAUAUACGUUUAUUAAAUACUUUCCCUUCAAAUCUGCUUCAUUCUGACCUCAGGCCAUAUAGUAAUACUGGUUUGUUGGCAGAAUCUGAUGAAUGUGAAAUAACCGUGGAUCACAUUUAAAUUUGCAUACUUGGACCUGAAUACAACAUGAAUGUGGCAGCCAUGUGCAUCCCUAAUGUGUGUUUCAGUUUCUUCAUUUAUACCUUUUGAAUUCUUACGUUCAUCAUUUGCAAUGUUUCCAGUUGCAUUUGGCAAGUGAUUUUGCAACUGUUUAUUAUUUCUUGUCCGAAGAAGUGGAGGUUUUUGCAAAAAAACAUGAAUGCACUUAGAGGGUUUUGCAGCGAAAGACAAUCAUAUUUGUUAAAUACCAAUGAAAUGACUUAAGUAAGUAACAUUUGUAAAAAUUAGGCAUUUCAAUUACUGACUAAUAACUUUUUCAUUGCCAUUAAAGCAAAAUUACUAAACCUAAACACAGGUGCCUGAUAUAAAAUAAAAAACAUGUCAGAUGCACUUAGAGGGUUUUGCAUCUAAACUCUUCAUAUUUUGCAUAAGGGCAAUGAAACCUGUUUUGGGGACUAUUAAAAUUUGUUGAUUAAAAAGAAUAACAGUAAAAAGUAAAAAGAAUUCAGGGUAGGAGACGAUGUGUUUAAUUUUUAAUACUGGGGUGAAAUGUGACUCUUCACUUCAUACAUUACAGAACAGGUUAUUAAAAAUGUUUCAUGUUCACCGUACAGUAAAUCUCACCAAACCCCCGACCUCUCUUUUGAUAUACUUUUAAUUUAUUGAACUGUUAUGUCAUAAAAGGUGUACAGUAUGUAUCAGAAGUGAUGUGUAUGUCAUCAUGAGAUGUGUGUUCAUGUGGUGUUCACUUGUCACAACUAGAACUAGUUUUGUAUCAAUAGUAGGUGAUGUCCCGCAGGGAUCAGAUUACCGAACCAUCAGUCCCCUAAAAUAAAUUACUUCUGUUUUGUACAGUUUAUUAUCAAAAAUACAUUUUUGUACAGUUUUUAGAAGAAAGCAAAUGUAAAUAACCAUAUAAUGUAUUUUACUUGUAUAAAAAAAGCCAUUUUGUCUUGAAUUCAGGGAAAUAUUUGUGACACCACAUGAUGACUAUGAAUAAAAGACCACGGUGACUUGAAUUUGUUUGUUGUUAAACAUAAACUGCAUAUUCCUCAAUGCUAAUGCAUACUAAAAUAGUCUUAAAGAGAUACUGUGAAAUAUAGUUUUAAAGAGGAGAUAUCAUAAAAAUCUGACUAUAAUUGGGUCCCCAGUGCUUCUAUAACCUAGAAAAUGUGAACUUAGUUUGGGUAAACCA